CUCAUCUUUGGGAGCAUGAAGCUCAAGUCUUUAUUUUUUCCAACCUUCUUGAUUUUUCUCAUAAGCUUAGAUUCUGUUUCUGAACAAGAAAUCUGCUUCAAUGGAUUCUUUAAACCCAAUAGUACAUACGAUUUAAACCGUCGUCAAAUCCUCUCUACUCUUGCUUCUAAUGUCACAGCUCACAACGGCUUUUUCAACUCCAAGAUUGCUCAAGAUCCCAAUAGAGUCUUUAUCAUUGGUAUGUGCAUCCCGGGGACUAAACCAGAGACUUGUUCAGAUUGUAUCAAAGGUGCAUCAGAGAAGAUAUCCAAGAGUUUUCCUAACCAAACAGAUGCUUAUACAUGGCCAGAUUGUUGUAUGGUACGUUAUUCCAACGUUUCUUUCUCUGGAUCACUCGUUAUGGAACCAUCUGAAACGUUGUAUCAUACCGGAGAUAUCGAAGAUACGGGCACUAAUUUAACAGUGUUUGAUAGAAUCUGGGACGAGUUAAUGCUCCGUACAAUAACUGCAGCUUCAUUGAGUAGUACUCAUGGAUCAUCAUUUGGACAAAAGUACUUUGGAGCUGAGGUUGCUUCAUUGACAGCUUUCGAAACUAUGUAUGCGAUGAUGCAAUGUACGCCGGAUGUUUCUUCAAAAGAUUGUGAGUUUUGUCUGAAGACAAGUGUUGGUGAUUAUGAGUCUUGUUGUCGCGGUAAACAAGGUGGUGCGGUGAUAAGACCGAGUUGCUUUGUCCGGUGGGAUUUGUAUCCUUAUGCUGGAGCUUUUGAGAACAUUGCAUUGCCACCGCCUCCGCAGUCUUUACCUCAGCCACCGCUUUCUUUGCCUCCUCCGGUUAGCGAUCGGGCAAAUACAACCAUCAAAGAUGGAAAAUCACUUUCGCCAGGGAUUAUGGUGGCAAUUGGUCCUAUCGUCGUUAUCUUGGUUUUUCUUGUUGUAGUACUCGCGGUUUGUAGGAGAAGGAAAUCAUAUAAAACAACUGAGGUCCAAGCUGGUGAUGAGAUCACAACAACACAUUCACUACAAUUUAGUUUUAAGAUAAUUAUUGAAGCUGCAACUGAUAAGUUUUCGGACAGUAACAUGAUCGGGCGAGGUGGAUUUGGUGAAGUUUACAGGGGAACAUUUUCAACUGGAACUGAAGUAGCAGUGAAGAGACUGUCGAAAACAUCAGGGCAAGGCGCGGAAGAGUUCAAGAAUGAGGCUGUUCUUGUGGCAAAGCUUCAGCAUAGGAAUCUGGUUAGACUUCUUGGAUUUUUUUUGGAAGGAGAAGAAAAGAUACUUGUCUAGGAGUUUGUACCCAACAAAAGCCUCGACUAUUUCUUGUUUGACCCUGCAAAACAAGGUGAACUAGACUGGACAAGACGGUACAAUAUCAUUGGAGGGAUUGCUCGAGGAAUUCUAUAUCUUCAUCAUGAUUCACGGCUUACAUUCAUACACCGUGAUCUCAAAGCGAGUAACAUUCUCUUAGAUGCCAAUAUGAACCCCAAAAUUGCAGAUUUUGGCAUGGCAAGGAUUUUUGGAGUUGAUCAAAGUCAAGCCAACACAAGAAGAAUCGUCGGAACAUUUGGUUAUAUGUCUCCAGAAUAUGCAAUGCAUGGCCAUUUCUCCAUGAAGUCUGAUGUCUAUAGCUUUGGAAUAUUGGUUCUGGAGGUUAUAAGUGGCAAAAAAACUAGCAGUUUCUACAACAUUGAUGAUUCUGGUGGCAAUUUGGUAACACACGCUUGGAGGCUUUGGAGAAAUGGGUCACCGUUGGAACUGGUGGAUCUAAUCAUAGGAGAGAGUUAUCAGAGUAAUGAGGCUACUAGAUGCAUCCAUAUCGCACUAUUAUGUGUUCAAGAAGAUCCUGCAGAUCGUCCGUUGUUACCAGCGAUCAUCUUGAUGCUUACUAGUAGCACAACCACGUUACCUGUGCCUCGAGCGCCCGGAUUUUGCCUAGGUGGACGUGAACUGGACCUGGAUAGCUUAGAGUAUACCCAAUCCACAAGCUGGUCUAUUCCUUGUUCUAUCAAUGAUGCAUCAAUUACAGAGUUCGAUCCUCGUUGAAGAACUGUAAUGAGUCCAUGGAAGUAUAUAUCAACAUCUUGUCCCUGCUCUAUUUUAUGGUAUACAUGAUCUUCUUGGACACAUAAUAGUCCGAUCUACAAGUUCUAGUUACAGCCAU